AUGGGUGGGAGCAUUAACGACGAGGAGGCGGCGGAGAUAACUGAGGAGGAUACGAUUGUGCCAGGCUUCCGGGACACCAUCAGGCUGAUGCCGCACCAAGUGCUAGGACGACGAUGGAUGAAGGAGCGCGAGGACACGUCAUUGAAGCGAUAUGGCGGUAUAUUGGCUGAUGAUAUGGGUCUUGGCAAGACUAUCCAGACGUUGACGCGAGUAGUGGAGGGCCGGCCUAAGAAGCAGGACAGGGAUGAGGGUUGGUCAGGGAGCACCUUGAUCGUAUGCCCGCUCGCCCUCGUCGAGCAAUGGGAGUCCGAGGCAAAGAAGAUGGCACCAGGCAUCAAGGUCGUCAAACACCAUGGCUCAAAUCGCACGUCCGAUCCCCAGUCAUUCCGGAACGUACACAUAGUUGUCACCACGUACGACGUCGUCAAGUCCGAGGCGCCAACUGGCGCGACAGCCAAAGACGAGGGAGCGGCGAAGAGCAAGAAGAAGGCCGCGGCGAGCUCGGACGACGACUCGGAUGAUAUCGUUGCGCGCCCGGUGGUGUCGAAGGGGAAGAAGAAGGCCAUGCCGAAGAACGCGUUGUUUGGUAUACGGUGGUGGCGGGUCGUUCUGGACGAGGCCCACAACAUCAAGAACCACAAGACGAAGGGUGCACGCGCAUGCUGCGCCCUGCAGGCCAAGUUCCGCUGGUGCUUGACUGGCACGCCGAUGCAGAACAACGUGACCGAGCUGUACUCCCUCUUCGACUUUUUGCGCAUCAAGCCGCUGAACGAUCUCGAGCACUUCAACCGCACUAUCGCGAGGCCACUCAAGGACGGCAAGGGUGGCACGCGCGCGAUGAAGCGCUUGCAAGUCGUCCUCAAAGCUACCAUGCUGCGCCGGACGAAAGACCAGGUGAUCAACGGGAAGAAGUUGAUUGAGCUGCCGCCGAGAACAUUGAACAUCAUAUCCUGUCCGUUCAGCACGCAGGAGCAGGCGUUCUAUGAGGGUCUGGAGAAAAAGAUGGGCGAUACGGUGCAGAAGCUUAUGGAGGGCAACAAUGGCGGGGGGAACGCGUACAUCAGUGUUCUUUUGCUGCUCUUGCGGUUGCGGCAAGCGUGCGAUCAUCCGGUGCUGGUUGAGGAAGACUACAAGGAGGACGUCGACGCUAUUGAGAGCAAGGAGGCGAAGAACAAAGACGACGCAACAGACCCUGAUGAUCUCGCGGCGGCUUUCGGACAGCUCGGCGUGACGAGGAAGUGCAAGCUUUGCCAGGCUGAGUGGGACGACGAGCAAGACGAAGACUUGGACCGCUUCUGCAGGGACUGCGCCAUGCUGAAGGCAAUGCGUGUCGACGGGAUGUCCUCCUCGGCGAAGUUACGAAAGAUCAUGGAGAUCCUCGACGAGAUCGAGGACCGCGGCGAGGGCGAGAAGACGAUCGUGUUCUCGCAGUUCACCUCCAUGCUUGACCUCAUCGAGCCGUUUUUGAAGAAGCGUGGCGUCCGCUUCGUCCGAUACGACGGCAAGAUGCGCGCGGACAUGCGCGAGCACUCGCUCAAGCAGAUCCGGGAGAACGAGAGCAUCAAGGUCAUCCUCAUCUCCUUCAAGGCGGGCAGCACGGGGCUCAACCUCACCGCCUGCAACAACGUCAUCCUCGUCGACAUGUGGUGGAACCCGGCGCUCGAGGACCAGGCGUUCGACCGCGCGCACCGCUUCGGUCAGCAGCGCCCGGUGAACAUCUACAAGCUCAAGAUCGACGAUACGGUCGAGGAUAGGAUACUGGCGCUGCAAGAGAAGAAGCGCGAGCUGACGAAGGCGGCGCUGAGCGGGGAGAAGGUCAAGAACCUGCGCCUCGACAUGAACGAGCUGCUUGCGCUGUUUAGGCAUAGCGCGGAUUAUGAUGACGACGAGGACGAUGAGGACUAG